ACGUCACUCUUGAGCGGGCCAAUGCUUGAUUUUCAGACCUCAUAUAUCUGCUACAUGGCAGGAUGCUCGCGUUUCAUUCUAAUCAGCUAUGCUGCUUGAGGUUUGGAUGUAGCUGCUAUCGAUGGAUAGAGGAACCAUGAAAAAAGUCGGACUUAUAGGAGUGCUUUUGUUGCCCCAGGCAAAAUCGUCGACAGGGUGUUAUCCUCAUAUUCAUCUUGUGAAAGAGGAGGAAAGGUGCAUUGCAGAUCUGCUACUUUAUAAGUCGGAAAGAGCAACAGAAAACAACAACAGCGUACUCUGUAAGGGCAUGUGGGACGACCUGAACUGCUGGCCGGCUGCCUCUCUCGGGCAGACCGUUACUCAGCCGUGUCCGGAGUUUUUCAACUCGGCCGGUACGGUGCAACGCAACUGCACGGCCAGCGGCUGGACCGACCCGCUCGUCCCACACGAGGACGCGUGCGGCUACACGUUCAACGAGACGCUCCACUUUCUUGGAGAGUCCUCAGACGCCCACACGUACUUCUCCUACGUGAAGACCAUGUACACGGCCGGCUACGCGCUCUCCCUCAUCUCGCUCUCCAUCGCCGUCACCAUAUUCUGCCUGUUCCGGUGGGGAUCCCCUUUUCCUUUGCCCCCCCUUCCACCCCUCCCUAAUGCAUUAAACCAGCGAAUGUUAACGUGCCCCCAGAAAGCUCCACUGCACCAGGAACCACAUCCACAUCCAGCUGUUCGUCUCCUUCAUCCUGAGGGCCAUCUUCAUCUUCGUCCGGGACUCCCUGCUGUUCACCGACGAGGAGCUCUACCACUGCGACCACUACCCGGUGUGGACCGGGUGGCUUGCAAGGCGGCGCUCAUGUUCUCCAACUACUCCAUCCUGGCGAACUACAGCUGGCUGCUGGCGGAGGGACACUUCCUCUUCACCCUGGUGAGCCGCUCCUUCUUCUCCCUGAGGAAACACCUGGCCUGGUACAUCGUCCUGAGCUGGGGCUUACCUCUGACUGUCAUUGUCUCCUGGGGAUGUGCAAAGUAUUUUUAUGAAGACGAGGGUUGUUGGGAAACUAGGACCCAUGAAUGGAUUUGGUGGAUUCUUCGAGUGCCAGUCCUUCUGACUAUUUCCAUGAAUUUCUUCUUUUUCUUGGGAAUUUUGAGGAUACUGGUGAGCAAACUGCGGAUGCCAGAUGCACAGAGGAAUGAAUUCUGCCAGUAUAAGACGCUGAUCAAAUCCACCUUCUUCCUGGUGGCUCUGUUCGGUCUGCACUACAUCCUGUUUGUCUUCCUGCCCGUGGAGGUCAGCAGCUCGGUCUUUAAGAUAUGGACGUUCGCCGAGCUCGCCCUGUCGUCCACACAGGGUUUCGUGGUGGCCGUGCUCUACUGCUUCAUGAACGGAGAGGUCCAGCAGGAGAUCCAGAGGAGGUGGCGGAGGUGGCGGUUGACCCAGCACCUGCCCAGCCGGCGCCGGCGGCAACAACACGGCUCCAUCAGCCACAGCGGGUCGCCCCUCACGCAGGUGUCCCUGCUGCCCUGCUCCACGGGCGGCCCGACCGCCGGCGGACUCCCCGUGGACACGCUGGAGGUGUGAAGCCAGGAGGGGGGUGUUGUGCUGUGGCUUUUAAUGCUGUUGGAUUGUAUUGUAUAUAUUAUAUUAUAUAUAAUGUGUUUGGUUGUAUUUGUAAAGGCUGUUUGGCCCUGAGACAGACGCAGUGAUUGUUAUCGAUAGCGUGUAUACGGAUGCUCUUUAUUUAAGCUGUUUUUAUACGUAAAUGGACAACGUAUUCGCACUUAAACAGUAAGACAUUUUAGGGAAUGUUUCUUGCUGAGAGUUGGAAGAGAAGAUUACCAUCACUCUUAUGUACAUAUGGAGCUAGCGGGCAAUCAGCUUAGCUUGAGUGUCUUUUUUCCUUCUGUCAGCAAGAAAGCAAAUGGGUGUUUAUUUCCUAAAAUGCUAAGCCUUUACAAGCUUUUUGGUUUUAACCAACUUACAGUACCAGAAAGUACUCCAGACUGCUCUCACGCAUUUCAUCCAUGUCUUACACAGUAAUAAAGCAUCAAAGAGUGCAGCAGCUA